AUGCAUGGGAUCAUCCUUGUCGUUACUAUUCUCAUUCUCAAAAGAAAUUCUCCCGUACAGGCUCUUCGGCUAGGAGAUAUGGAGGCAAAAAGCACAAUUGGAUCCAUUGAUUUCAAAUCAAAGGAUGGAGGAACAUUGAGAACCACAAGCUUCAAGAAGAGGGAUUUGGGCAGAAGUACUGUUGAUGAAUCUGAUUGUGGCUUCAACAAGAUCAUGAAGCCAGCAAAGAUAAACCUCCAAACAAUCAAGAAUUUGGUUAUGAAUGGAAGGAACUUAGAUGUGGUCAAUAAAGUACUGGAUCAUAGAGCAAUUUCUUCAUCUGAUCAUAGUGAGGGUUUUGCCGCUGAAACCAAGUUGCAAAAAAGUUACAGGAGUUAUCGGACCCGUAGAAAUCUUGCUGAUUGUGCUGUUGUUGUGGAAGAGCUAUGGAGCAAGGCAUUAGACUUUGCAGCCCUUCGACGAAGUUCGAUAUCAUUCUUUGACUCUCAUAGACCAGAAACUGCCGUUUCACGAUGGGCUCGGGCUCGCACUAGUGCAGCCAAAGUUGGGAAGGGUUUGUCCAAGAGUGAGAAGGCUCAGAAAUUAGCAUUGGGACAUUGGCUUGAAGCUAUUGAUCCACGACAUCGUUAUGGCCACAAUUUGCAGUUGUACUACAGUGUCUGGUUUGCUAGUGAAAGUCGGCAACCUUUCUUGUACUGGUUGGACGUCGGCGAUGGGAAAGAAAAAGAGAGGGAAGAAUACGAAGUGAUUGUGGAGGCUGGAAAGCUUAUUUUCAAAAAAAGCAGGCUUCCUGUGCACACUAUUGAUGGCAAUAAAUGGAUAUUUGUUCUUGGUACGUCUAGGAAAUUGUAUGUUGGGAAGAAGCAGAAAGGCCUAUUUCAGCACUCUAGUUUUUUGUCCGGUGGUGCUGCCAUCGCUGCUGGCAGAUUGGUUGCCCGUGGUGGGGUUCCUGAGGCUAUAUGGGCCUACAGCGGUCAUUAUCGCCCAUCAGAAGAGAAUUUCCUGGAAUUCAUUGUUUUCUUAGAGGAACAGCAUGUAGACUUGACUAACGUUAAGAAGUGUCCCAUAGACGACGACAUCCCGCCUCCCAAAGUUACUUCCGAGAAGGAGGUUCAUACAGAAAAGAAAGAUUCCAUAUCCAUUGAAAAUAUUUCAUCUCAACGUGUUAAUGUAGAGGUGGGUGCAAAUGGGCGCCACAUCAGGGCCAUUUUUAAACCAAAUGAAGAAAACAGAGAGGCAUCAAUAUUUGAAUUUGGCAAGCUUUGUGCGCGCAAAAGGACAAGCGAGAAAACUCAGCAGAUAAGCUACGAUUCCAGGCACUUGAACAGGCUAACUUAUCACCAAAAGUCAUGCCAGGAGGCUUUGCAAGCAGCUGUCCAAUCCCUUCACCGGGACCAACUCCGAGAAUCCAUCUGUCCCCCAGACGUAGGACUUGCUAGCCCAAGG